AUGAACAAACAGGAUGAUCGGCGGCGGCAAGAGCGGCAACGGCGGACUAUUACGCCAGAUUUAUUAAAUGAUUUAUCUUUGGAGUUGCCAUCGGAUUUGGGUUUCGAUUUGACUGUGGAUACUAAUUUGUAUUUGGACUUAGACUUAGAGCUUGACACAAAGGGACUAGUUUCCAAGAAUAGCAAUGAAAUAAGAAAUUCCAAGAAUGUUUACCACACGCCUCCUUAUGAAUUCAAUGAUAAUGGUCCCCAACCAAAACCAAAACCAACAAUAACUAUUAAAAAUGAAGUUAAUGUUUACAACAGUAUCAUUAACGACAACGAUAACUCUGAACAAAAAAAGAUUUUGAUUCAGUUAAGCAAACUUCUUUCAAAAUUCUCUUCAAAUAUUACUGAAUCUAAUAUUAUCUCAAAUGAUAGUAUUGUUCAUUUUAUCACUGAAGUUAUUGGAAGAUCAAAAUGUAACAAACAAACUUUACUACUGGCAACUUUAUAUUUCAAAAACAUUUACAGUUCUUUUACAAAUGAUAAAUUGAAAGCAUCCAAUGUACCAGAAUUUAUCAAAUGUAUAAAGAGAACUUAUUUAUCAUGUUUGAUAGUAUCCCACAAAUUUUUGAAUGAUAAUACUUAUUCAUUGAAAAGUUGGAAUAAGAUUACUGGAUUAUCAGCAAAAACUCUGUCUAUGAUGGAAAAAUACAGUUUAAUGACUUUAAACUUUAAUUUACAUCUAGACAAUUCCGAAGUAAAUGAUUUAAAUAAUGAAAUUAUGUUAAUGGUAGUAGAUCAAGAUUUGAUGGAUUCAGUGAAUAUGGUCACAAUCAAUCCACCAUCUAAUGAGCAAGAGGUCAACAACAAGAAAAGAUCACAUGGGGAAAUUGAUGAACAUAUCAAUUCCGAUGUUGAUGGCCUAUUUGCUUCAUAUCUUCGGCCUCAAGAAAUUGCUCAAAAUAAGAGAUUAUGUUCUGUAUAA